GCUCGUGUCCGGGUCUAGGGUCGAGGUCCUGCCGCCAGAGGGACCUGGGCGCUCGCGAGCGUGGUGUCCGCUCUUGGAGCGGCAGUCAUGGGGACCGAGGCCACUCGGAGAGAGCCCGACACCGCUGAAGUGCUGCCCCAGCACAGGUUUGACCACAGAGUCCUGGAGGCCUACCUAAAGCAGCACUUGCCUGGCUUUGGGGCGCAGUCCGAGACUACGCUAACCAUUACACAGUACAGAUGGGGACAGUCCAACCCAACCUUUUAUCUCCAGAAGGGCUCUCACGCGUAUGUACUCAGGAAAAAACCACCUGGUUCACUUCUUCCUAAAGCACAUAAGAUUGAUAGAGAAUUUAAAGUCCAGAAAGCCUUGUUUUCUACGGGAUUCCCUGUCGCGAAGCCCUUACUGUACUGCAGUGAUGCGUCUGUCAUUGGAACGGAAUUUUAUGUGAUGGAACAUGUGCAGGGGCGAAUCUUUCGUGAUUUCACACUUCCUGAAGUUAGCCCAGCAGAACGCUCCGCCAUCUAUGUGGCCAUGAUCGAAAUGCUGGCUCGGUUACAUUCCUUGAACAUACAAUCAUUGCAGCUGGAAGGAUACGGAACAGGUGUGGGCUACUGCAAAAGACAGGUAUCUACCUGGACCAGGCAAUACCAAGCUGCAGCUCAUCGGGACAUCCCUGCCAUGGAACAGCUAUCUGAGUGGCUCAAGAAAAACUUGCCAGAAAAUGACAAUGAGGAGAGUUUGAUUCACGGAGAUUUCAAACUUGAUAACAUAAUUUUCCACCCUACAGAGGCUCGAGUGAUAGCAGUACUGGAUUGGGAACUAUCAACCAUUGGUCAUCCUUUGUCAGACUUAGCGCAUCUUUCUCUGUUCUACUUUUGGCCAAAGACACUGCCCAUGAUAAAUGGAGGUUCUCCUAUCCAGGGAAUCAUAGGUAUACCAUCAAUGGAAGAAUUGAUUUCAAUAUAUUGCCACCGCAGAGGAGUUAAUCCUAUUCUUCCUAACUGGAAUUUCUUUCUUGCACUUUCAUAUUUUAAAUUGGCUGGAAUAGCACAGGGAGUAUAUAAUAGAUAUCUUCUGGGAAAUAAUUCAUCUAAAGAUAGCUUUUGGUUUGCCAAUACUGUACAACCUCUGGCAGAAACCGGAUUACAACUCUCACAAAGAACAUUCAAUACUGCGCUGCCACCAGCUGAUAGCACCAAACAUCUGUUUGUACAGACUAGAAAAGGCCAAGAGGUUCUUACUAAGGUGAAGCAAUUCAUGAAGCAAUACAUCCUGCCAGCAGAGAAGGAAGUUUUUGAGUAUUAUGUUCAAAAUGAAAAUUCAGUGGAGAGGUGGAAACAACCUUCAGUGAUUGAUAAACUUAAGGAAAUGGCCAAGGCAGAGGGCCUGUGGAACUUGUUUUUGCCAGCUGUGAGCGGUCUCAGCCAGGUGGACUAUGCCUUGAUUGCUGAGGAAACUGGGAAAUGCUAUUUUGCUCCAAAUAUCUUUAACUGCCAAGCACCAGACACAGGGAACAUGGAGGUGCUGCACUUGUAUGGGAGCAGAGAGCAGAAGCAGCAGUGGCUGGAGCCUCUUCUUCAAGGGGACAUUACCUCUGCUUUCUGUAUGACAGAGCCUGAUGUAGCAUCCAGUGAUGCCACAAAUAUUGAAUGUAGCAUUGAAUGAGAUGGAGAUAGCUAUGUGAUUAAUGGCAAGAAAUGGUGGAGCAGUGGAGCUGGGGAUCCCAAGUGCAAAAUUGCAGUUGUUUUGGGAAGAACUAAAAGUCCAGCUAUGUCCAGGCACAAACAACACAGCAUGAUUCUGGUUCCAAUGAACACACCUGGAGUAGAAUUAAUAAGGCCUUUGUCAGUUUUUGGCUACAUGGAUUGUUUACAUGGAGGGCAUUUUGAGGUCCAUUUUAAUCAAGUGCGAGUUCCUGCUUCCAAUUUAAUACUAGGUGAAGGCAAGGGAUUCGAGAUCUCCCAAGGCCGCCUCGGCCCUGGCAGGAUCCACCACUGUAUGAGAAUGGUCGGGGUGGCAGAACGCGCUCUGCAGAUCAUGUGUGAGCGGGCGGCCCGGAGGGAGGCCUUUAAGAGGAAGCUGUAUGAACACGAGGUGGUGGCACACUGGAUCGCUGAAAGUCGUAUUGCCAUUGAGGAGAUCCGCUUGUUAACCUUAAAAGCUGCCCACAACAUAGAUACUCUGGGCAGUGCUGGUGCUAGGAAAGAGAUUGCAAUGAUCAAAGUGGUGGCUCCCCGGGCUGUCUGCAAGAUCAUCGACCGAGCCAUGCAAGUAUGUGGCGGUGCAGGCGUCUCCCAGGACUACCCACUGGCGAACAUGUAUGCCCUAACACGAGCUCUGCGCAUAGCAGAUGGGCCUGAUGAAGUCCACCUCUCAGCAAUUGCAAAGAUGGAGCUUCGGGAACAAAGCAAAAGGUUGAGCGCCAGGAUGUGAGAGUAGUGCUGCCAUGCUGGGGGCGGAGGGCUCCGGCCCCCAGCCUUAAUCAGCUUCCGCACUGGAGCAUCCUGGGGGUGUGAGCAGAGGGCAGUUCCUCAGCUGCGGUGAAGAUUUUGCUGUCUGUUUUGUUCAGUGGUUUUGUUAUUUCCAGACUCACAGAGAUAUAUGUUAAAUCAGACAGACCAGAGCUGUUGUCUCAGGCCUGGCCCUUCAACGGGACAGCAUCCCAGUGACAAGAUCAUGGAAGAAAUUGAGAGCUAUUUCUAAAGUAUAAGCAUAGCAAAUGGUCCACAUUUUGAUUUUCAGGACUUAUUUACAGAAGUAAAUAACUCAAAAUAUUUCCUCUUGUUUUGAAAAACAUAGCUGGACCCCCUUAUUAUAUU